AAAAAAAAAGUGACCACCUGCUAUCCAAACAUUUCGCUGGCUACCGAGGACGCUUGUGUGUUGAUCGCUGAACAUUUUAGGCUUUUGUCCGAGUGCCUUACCUCCACUGCUUAUUUUCCUUCAUCCCAACUGGUCCUUGCGACAGUUCCCCGUGACGGAGACCUCCGUGUCAUCCAUAUAUCUAUCCACCCUCUUCCCUCUGUCUUACCCCAGAUUCUCUUCUCCAUACCCCUCUGUGUUUUAGUGCCGAUUACUCCAAGAAUCGUAUCGUCGCUGCACACACUGCUGGCCCUCGAGAGCUCGUAAUCUCUCUCUCCCAUACUUCUGGUCAUAUAUUGUUCGUUCCAUUCUCACACGCGAUCAUGUCCAAAACUUUCUCAAAGGAAGACGUCGCAUCGCAUAACAAGCCAGAUAACCUCUGGGUUGUUAUCGAUGAAGAUGUUUAUGACUUGACCAAGUUUCAGGAUGAGCACCCUGGUGGAAAAAAGAUUCUUUCGCGGGUCGGAGGAAAGGAUGCUUCGAAGCAGUUCUGGAAGUAUCACAACGAAGGAAUUCUCAAGAAGUACAAGGGCAAGCUGCAGGUUGGUUCCUUGAACACAAAGGCCGCAGCUGCACCGGUACCGGAACCAGCAGCAGCAACCAAGGAAGCCCCCAAGCCUAAGCAGGCAGCUCCAGUGGACGUUUCGGCCCAGUCAUCCGAGCCUCAAGACCCUUAUGGUGACUUGAUUCCCUUUGCCGAUCCCUCAUGGUAUCAAGGCUACUCCUCUCCAUACUUCAACCAGACUCACGCAGCUCUCCGCGAUGAAGUUCGCCAAUGGGUUGAGUCUGAGAUUGAGCCCUACGUGACCGAAUGGGAUGAGGCAAAGAAUGUUCCCGAUCGUAUUUACAAGCAGAUGGGUGAGCGGGGCUACCUUGCAGGUCUCUUGGGUGUCAAAUACCCUGUCAACCACACGGACAACCGUGUCCAGUCUGUCGCCCCUGAAAAUUGGGACUUGUUCCACGAGAUGCUCCUUACCGACGAGCUGUCUCGCGCAGGUAGUGGUGGUCUUGUCUGGAACUUGAUCGGUGGCUACGGUAUCGGUUGCCCCCCACUAGUCAAAUACGGCAAGAAGCCUCUUGUUGACAGAAUCCUCCCCGGCAUUUUGAACGGCGAUAAGCGUAUCUGUCUUGCUAUUACCGAGCCAGAUGCUGGAAGCGAUGUUGCUAACCUUACCUGCGAGGCUAAGCUCACCCCUGAUGGCAAGCACUACAUUGUCAACGGCGAGAAGAAGUGGAUUACCAACGGUGUCUAUGCCGAUUACUUCACUACUGCUGUUCGUACGGGCGGGCCCGGUAUGAAUGGUAUCAGCGUCCUUCUCAUUGAGAGAGAGCACGGUGGAGUCAGCACGAGGCGCAUGGACUGCCAGGGUGUCUGGAGCAGCGGCACGACUUAUGUCACCUUCGAGGAUGUUAAGGUGCCGGUGGAAAACCUCAUUGGAAAGGAAAACCAGGGUUUCAAGGUCAUCAUGACCAACUUUAACCACGAGCGCAUUGGAAUUGUCAUUCAGUGUGUCCGAUUUGCUCGUGUGUGCUACGAGGAAGCGAUGAAAUAUGCCCACAAGCGUAAGACCUUUGGCAAGAGACUCAUCGAUCACCCUGUUAUCCGGAUGAAGCUCGCACACAUGGCCCGUCAGAUUGAAGCGACGUACAACUGGCUGGAAAACAUCAUCUAUCAAUGCCAGUCCAUGGAGGAGACUGAAGCGAUGCUCAAGCUGGGCGGUGCAAUCGCAAGUCUCAAGGCUCAGUCAACGACUAUCUUCGAGUUCUGCGCUCGUGAGGCUAGUCAGAUCUUUGGUGGUCUGAGCUACAGCCGCGGCGGCCAGGGUGGUAAGGUGGAGCGGCUAUACCGUGAUGUUCGUGCGUACGCUAUCCCUGGUGGAAGUGAGGAGAUCAUGCUGGACCUGAGUAUGCGUCAGAGUCUACGUGUGCACAAGAUGUUUGGCAUGAAGUUGUAAAUGAGCGCACUUGGUUUUCUUCUCGUAUAUUUAUUCCCCCUCUUCGUCCUCGAUGUUGUUUGGAUAUAACCUUGGUUUUGGGCAUAUAGAGCUUUUGAUAUCCGGCUCACCCGGCAGUUUAGUGAUCUCUUAGGUUCAAUUCACUGUACUAUAUCUUGCUUGGA